AUGUCCCUCACUCCAUGUCCGACAACAAUACCUAAAUAUUAUACUGUGACUUUACACCUGAUUGCUGCAUUAUCUGUUCCAGUCAACAUGGUUGGCUUCUAUCUAGUAUGGUGUCAGUCUCCAAAAAUGAAAGGUUACAAAUAUUGUCUCUGUUACUUACAGCUCGUAAGCUUUAUCUCAGAACUCCACAUGUCUCUAAUCUCUCCUGGAUAUUAUUUCUUUCCAAUGAUUGGAGGAUACAAUACGGGCGCAGAAUUGAUGAGUUCUCACUUGAGUAUGACUAUUUGGGUGUUUAUUCUGGCAUUUGAGCUUCCAUCUGCACUAUUAUGCUUCGUUUUCAGACACAAUGCAGCUGAAGAAAUCAGUCGGACGGUUCCCAGCAAAAUGUAUAUGGAGAAAUUUUGUUUGCUUUUAUGUCAUUUAUUUCCAUUUGCAACUGCUUUUUCAAUGUGGAAAUCUAGAUUAACUUAUCAACAGAAAUAUGACUUCAUGAGUGAGAAUUGGCCACAAUGUAUGUAUUGGAUGCGCUUUGAAGCAUUUGAAGUUUACGAUUAUAAAUUGAAUCCGUGGUUAGCAGUUGUUGGAAUUGGAGCUCUUUCUUUUGUUUUAUUAGUUUACACAUACGGUCUAACUCUUGGUUUCCACACUAUCUUGAUAUUACAAAAACACCAAAAAUCGAUGUCUCGUCAGACAUAUCAAAUGCACAAAAUGUUUCUUUUCAGUCUAUUAAUGCAACUAUUGAUUCCCGGAAUUCUAAUUGUUGUUCCAUUCGGAAUCUUCAUGAUUUUGAGUAAUCCAAGAUAUCGACGAGUUCUGAAAGAAAAAUUAAUCAAAAUAUUGAGAUUAAAACAAGCAAGUGAUCCAAGAAAUGGAAAUUCAGUGCGUCCAAGUCAACGUUCCAUCAGUUUUGUCGUCAUCCAAAGUACUACUACAGCAUCUUGA